AGAGGCAACGUACAAAGGAAUUAGAGGAAGAGGAAGUACAAGAAGCCCUUAAGAAAAAAACAUGGAGCAAGUGGAACAUUUGAGCAGUUUUAGUGUGCUAAUAAAUCAAAUUGCUGAGAAGUACCUCAAGGAAGUUUACUGCAUUGCAAUCUUGUGGGUAAUUGCUGCAAAAUCAUAUGACAAUGUACCUCAAGUGAAGUACGAGCAAAUUGGCGGGAAUACCACCAUGAUUGAAGAUUUGGGCAUUUACCACCACUAUAACCAAUUUAUUUGGAUUAAUUUGGAGGACCUAAAUGAUGAGAAUCUUGAGAGGUUAAUGAGGAGGAUCGUUGAUCUUGGAUGCCAGGCCUGGAUUGUGGAUGAUGUGAGAGUUAAUAAAUUCCUUGAUACUUAUGGUGAGAUUGUGGAGACCACUGAACAGCGACCACAGAGAGUUCACAUGAUUUUCCACCUGAACAACACACAAGAGGAGCAUUUGCAUCAAAUUCUCUCCCAUCGAACGUUGGAAGAUGUUCCAAAUGUACUCCUGGUAAUCCCAUCGACACGCGACGACGAUGAAAAUGAUGGAGAGUCAUUUGAUUUGGUAACAUCGUCGUUUGCCGGACGAUUUAACAACACCCAUCCGAUAGUCUUGGAUCACUUUGGAGCUGCGAACUUUGCACGGAAUACCAAUUUAUUCCCCGACAAGCUCAGCAAUCUGCAACGCCGAAAUCUAAGAUUGGCCCUAUUCAAUUAUAAGCCCUACACAACUGUUCAACAUGUGGCACCUGGAAGUGGAAAUGCCAAUGCCAUGGGAACUGAUGAGGAGUUAACGCUCUUUCUCGAUGGCACGGAGGUACUCAUGUUCCAGGAAUUCUGCAUCAGGCACAACUGCACUCUUCUCAUUUCUGAAGACGAAGAAGGACAAUGGGGUGUAAUUUAUGAGAAUCGCACAGGAGAUGGACUAACUGGUGCAGUUGUAGAGCGAAGGGCAGAAGUUUCAGUGGGUGCAAUUUAUAUGUGGUAUUAUGAAUCAACAUUUCUGACCCUUUCAACAAUGAUCUCAAGAACAGGAGUCACCUGUAUUGCCCCAAAACCAGCCUUACUCCCAGGAUGGUUAACGCCUGUACUACCCUUCUCAAUGCAGCUUUGGAUAGCUGUUCUAAUAUCCUUUCUUCUUGGCAUUAUUAUCAUGCAAUUUCUGGCAAAGUACCGAAAAUCCACAGCAUUAGAAGCAUCAAGCAGUGAGCAAAGUUUUACAAAAUCCAUUCUUAUGGUUGCUGAAAUUUAUUUGAUGCAAUCAGUUAAGUUUAUUGAGAGAAAACUUGUUGAAAGAAUUCUAUUUGGAUGUAUUCUUCUUACUGGCUGGUUUAUUGGUAAUGUCUAUGGAAGUGGAUUGUCCAGCGUUAUGACAAUUCCUAGAUACCUAGCUCCUAUAGAUACGUCUCUUCAACUAGCUCAGAGCGGUAUGGAGUGGUCAGGAACGCAUGAUGCUUGGACGUUCUCAAUUCAAUCAGCAACAAAUCAUAUCAUGGUGACUCUGGUCAAUACCUUCCACGUUUAUAGCUACGAAGACUUAAGACAUAGAUCAGAGAGAGCAGACAUUGCUCUAGGAAUAGAGAGACUACAGUAUGGACACUUUGCAAUUGGAGAUUACAUCCAAGAAGAUAUCCUGGACAACUAUCAGAUCAUGAUUGAAGACAUCUACUGGGAGUAUUGCAUUGCAAUGAGCUACAAAACUUGGUCUUUGAUGCCAAAGUUUGAUCUUCUUGUCAUGGAAGUAGCUCAAUCGGGAAUUCAGAAGUAUUGGGAACUUGUUGUAGUUCAGCGGCAUCUCAACAAUAAAGUCCAACUUGGUGUUGCUCAGUCAAGGCAUCACGAUAACUUAGGUCCUGUUUCGCUGCAACCGAAGAAUCUCUUGGGCUUAUUUGCAGUUUGGGCCUUUGGAAUGAUUCUUGCAUUAAUUGUUUUUAUCAUUGAAGUUUCUUGUUGCAGGAAGCCUGGUGGUAGGAAAAAUUAAUCCCUUAGGAAGUUAGGCAGCUAAUAAGCCAGUAGAAGUUUUAAAAAUAUUUAUUUUGCUA